AAUAAGCGUCAAACAUGGCGGCCCCCUUGAUCGAAACAUGCUAUGUCGCAUGUUGUGCAAACCGCACCCCAAACGUUCUUUCUUGGGGUCGUUCAGGACUUAUUGCCUUCGGAACUUGCAACUCAGUCGCUGUGUAUGACCCUCAGGAAAUUGUCAUCGUCACUGUUCUGAAUGGCCACACAGGGAGGGUAAACACUGUGCAGUGGGUGCACAGAGAUGACUAUGGUCCUGAAACCGAGUUGGUAUCUGGGGGAUGUGAUAAUCGCAUCAUUGUGUGGAAAGCCCGGGAUGGAACGUUUUCCCAGUCUGUACAGUGUUGUGGCCAUAAUGGUCCUGUCUGUGCAGUGGACUCCAUUCACCUAGACCCUGAUGGCUCUUCUGGGUUACUCAUCGCCUCGGCUGCCUCAGACUCCACUGUUAAACUGUGGGUGACCAGAGACGAUGAGGUUGACUGCCUUCAGACCAUAUCUUUCGGGAGUGGUUUUAUGAUGGAUGUCUCGUUAACACUGUUGCCAGGCAGCAGAGUUCCCAUUCUGGCCUGUGGGGGCAAUGAUAGCAAGGUUUAUCUCUACGUGCAGCGCGAUGGAAAGUUUGAGAAGGUCCACUCGUUACAUGGCCAUGAGGACUGGGUUCGAGGAGUGGAGUGGGCCACUAGGGAUGGGGACAUUUUAUUGGCAAGCUGCGCACAAGACUGCCUGAUCCGAAUAUGGAAGGUCUUCGCAAAGGAAGAAGAUGGCGGCAACGCUCAAGAUGCAGACGCCAUUAAACUGACGGAGGAUGUUUUUGAGGUGCAAAGAAAUGGUUCCUGUACACGCUUUGCCGUAACCCUGGAGACGGUGCUGGCGGGCCACGAGAACUGGGUCUACGGAGUCCACUGGCAGCCUCCCUCCUGCCAUGCAGGUGGCAGCGUUGUCGCACUGUUGUCUGCGUCCAUGGACAAGACCAUGAUCCUCUGGGGCCCGGAGGAGGAGUCGGGGGUGUGGCUGGAGCAGGUGCGGGUCGGCGAGGUCGGGGGGAACACUCUGGGCUUCUACGGCUGCCAGAUGAGCCCCGACGGGUCGAUGAUCAUGGCCCACGCCUUCCACGGGGCGCUGCACCUCUGGCACCGCGACCCCGACCAGGAGAGGGAGUGGAGCCCGGGCGUGGUGAUAUCGGGGCACUUCAGCACCGUGCAGGACCUGAGCUGGGACCCGGACGGGGAGUUCGUCCUCAGCGUGGGCUCUGACCAGACCACCCGGUUGUUCACGCCCUGGCGACGGAAAGACCGGGCCAAGGUGACCUGGCACGAGGUGUCGCGGCCGCAGAUACACGGCUACGACAUGCAGUGCCUGGCCACGGUGGGCCGCUUCCAGUUCGUCUCGGGGGGCGACGAGAAGGUCCUCCGGGUGUUCCGGGCCCCCCGGAACUUCGUGGAGAACUUCAGCAACAUCUCCGGGGCGUCCCUGGACCAGCUGCUCGCUUCCAGCGACACUGCCGACCUGCCUGAAGGAGCCAGCACUCCAGCUCUGGGGCUCUCCAAUAAGGCCGUGUUCCAGGGUGACCUAAUGCCCCAGAAUAAGGGAGAGGAGGAAGGCUUCGGCAGUGCGUCUGACCAGUACGCCGAGUCCUACUUCCACCCCCUCACCCUCACAGAGCCUCCCCCCGAGGACCAUCUCCUUCAGAACACGCUGUGGCCCGAGGUGCAGAAACUGUACGGACACGGCUUCGAGAUGUUCUGUCUGGCCUCGGACAGCCGGAGGACGGUCGUCGCGUCGGCCUGCAAGGCCUCGAAGGCGGAGCACGCGGCCAUCCUCCUGUGGAGCGCGUCCAGCUGGAGGCAGCUGCAGGCCCUGCCCCUCCACGCCCUCACCGUCACGCAGAUGGCCUUCUCUCCCGACUCCAGCUUCCUGCUGGCCGUGUCCCGCGACCGCACCUGGUCGCUGUGGAGACGGCAGGGCCCCGCCCACGCCGACUCGGCAGAGCCGGCGUUUUCCCUCCACGCGCACACGACCAAGAGCACGUCCGUUCACACGCGCAUCAUUUGGGCGUGCGACUGGAGCCCAGACAGCAAGUUCUUCGUGACCUCCAGUCGGGAUAAAAAGGUGAUCGUGUGGGGCGAGUGUGGCCCUGUGGAAGGCGGUGAGGAAAGCGGCCCGGUGGCUGUCACUCCCUGCUCCUCCAUCCUGGAUGUGGGCGACUCCGCCACCUCCGUCAGCGUCUGCCCCGUCCUGUGCCCAGACCACAGUUACCUCAUGGCAGUGGGGCUGGAGAAUGGGAAGAUCCUGUUAUAUAAAUGGAGGCGCAUGACAGAUCCAUCCUCAGGAGACGACUGGACCAAAUGUGGAGAAACAGACAACUUCCAGAGCCACGCCCUGACCGUCCGGCGGCUGCGCUGGAGGCCGAGGGGCGGCCGGGCCGGGCACGGGGACGAGGACGGGGACGAGCCGUGCGGCUGGGUCCAGCUGGCCAGCGCCGGGGCCGACCACGCCGUCAAAGUGUUCAACGUGGACAGGCUGGCUCUGUAGCGCCCCCUCCUGGCUCGGCGGGACCGCCUGCACUCGGCGCCGAAGUCGGGGUGCGGGCCGCGGAGUUUCAGGACUUCACCGCGGACGACGGCAGAAGGCUACCGCACACAGCUGUCUGAAGACAUUUCGAUACUUUUGAUAAGACUGACGGGAAACACCUCUAAUGGAACGCCAUUAGAUGUUAGUCGUUUUUAUUCGCCGUAUCCACGCCCUUAAUUUAAGACUCGGGCGACAAGUUGCCCCAAAGCCACUUGUUAUUUUUCUUUUCAAAGACAAAGGACUCUGAACGGGAGCUCUUCAGGAGCAGGUCCUCCCAGCCCUGUCUGUUGCGUAUCUCUCCAUCCGUUUUUAUAUGUCGAAUGUAAUAAAGUAUGUUGUAUUUAUCUGCAACAGAAA